AUGGCAAAGAUGCAUUCUAGUGGGAAAGGGCGCUCAGGGAGUGUCAAGCCAUAUGCAACUGCAUUCCCGACGUGGCUAACAAAGUCUGUCGACGAGAUCAAGUCGGAUGUAAUCCAGAUGGGGAACAAGGGUGUUCCUGCACCUGAUAUAGGAACACGGCUGAGAGACGAGUAUGGGAUUGGAAAGGCCUCUGACGUCCUCGGAGAGAGCAUUACAAGGUUUCUGCAGAGGAACGGAGUGGUUCCAAAGAUCCCACACGACCUCGAGUCUCUUGUUCAUCGGGCAAACACCCUCAGGAGCCACCUGAACAUCUACAGGAAAGACAACUCUGCAAAGUACAGGCUCAUUCUUGUUUCGUCGAGGAUGUACCGAGUUGCAAGGUAUUACAAGCGUAAGAUGAGGAUCCCUGGGAACUGGAAGCCGAAGCUUGUCGAGCUCAAUAAAUGA